AAGAAUUCGGAAUUCAGGUGUUCCAAUUCUUCAUAAUGCAUUAUAUUUAAUUUGUGACGUUCUUUACUUGUCACCAGCCGUUUCAAAACAUUAAAAAUACUGCAGAGUAACAAUAAAAGUGUACUGACAAACAGAUAAAAUCAUCGAAACAACGCUAUACCUAGCACGUUAAUUGCAUCGUGUAUUACAGAAAACACAAGGGCAAUGGGUAAUGUAUUGACACCUGCUAUGUCAGCAGCCAAUGUGUUUAUAACUGACCCUGUACAGAAAAUUUCAAAGCAUGUACACCAUAGUGAAAUGAAUAACCUAGAAGGAGAGCCUCCCCCGGAAUGUCCUAUGCAUAAAUCGACUAAGAAAGAAGCACCUCCUAAAUAUGCUAGUGAAUGUCCAAUAAAUGACAUGAGUCAAGAUGAAAUUAAUCCUCUCAAUAUGAUGCCUCCAGCUAAUCAACAACCAGCACCCGAUCAACCUUUCUCUUUGCCCACAGAUAGGCAAGUCUCGACAAUACCAAAAGCAACAGCUGAAAAUGAAUUUUGGGUAUAUCCGUCUCAACAAAUGUUUUGGAAUGCAAUGUUAAGAAAAGGCUGGCGUUGGAAAAGCGAAGACAUAUCGCCGAAAGACAUGGAUGAUAUAAUAAAAAUUCAUAAUGCUAACAACGAACAAGCCUGGCUAGAAGUCCUCAAGUGGGAAGCGCUACAUGCAAGAGAAUGCAGUACGCCACGUCUUCGUAGCUUUGGCGGUAAAGCCUCGAAAUACUCGCCACGUGCCCGUAUUCGACAUUGGAUGGGGUAUGAAUUGCCAUUUGAUCGCCACGAUUGGAUCGUAGACAGAUGCGGAAAGGAUGUGAGAUACAUUAUAGAUUAUUACGACGGUGGUCAAGUGAAUGAUAAGUACACCUUUGCCUUACUCGAUGUACGACCGGCUAUGGAUUCUUGGGAGAACAUUUGGGAUCGCAUGAAGGUAACAUGGUGGCGUUGGAGAUACUCUAAUGAAUCGAAAGAAUCAGAACAUGCCACCCAAACGUAAUAAAACAGAAAAUUAGUAAUUAAGUAGAACGGAGAAACAUUAGCCUCGUAACGACACACUUGUUGUUAAGCCACACGUUAUGUUCAAAUGAUGUACAAUUUCAAGACGGGAGGGUACAGGUUGUAAUUGUAUGUGAAAUCUAAAAACAUUUACGAAUGUUUCAAAGGAUCAGACAAGUUCCAUGCCUACGAUAUUGUUAAGUACUUGUACGAUAAAAAUUAUCCAUUGUAGCUCGGCAUAAAAUUUAUUGUCAAAGACUGUUAAAAUGAUAUUAGACGCACGUUUCCAUUGUUUCCCAUAAGACUGUGAUUUGCUUCCCAAAAAGCAACUCACAUAUCUUAAACCAAUUGAUACGUUAUUUGUGACAUAUUGCGCCUGUGAAACAAAAGAUAAUAAAAUUGUUGAAGAUAUUGUAACUUUAAAAAUAGUUUCUUUAAGCAUCGAUGAAACACACAUUAGGGAGAAAUAAAAACUCUGCUCCAAAUGUAUUAAAGACUCAUAUUUGUACACAUACCGUACCAUUUUAUUGUCAAUAUUAAAACUUAUUCUAAAGAUAUGAAAAUUCCAUGGAAUUUGAGUAUUCAAUGAUGUACAUCGAGUAAAAUUCUAUUCUUCUAAAAAUACAAACAAAGCCGCAAUCAAUUGACGUUCCCUUUCAUUAUUACAACAAUAUCAAGUUAUUUAAACUGACUGGGUACGUUAUUCAAUUGGAAGA